GCAGUAGCCGAGGGGCGGUGUGAUGGUGGCGGGCCCGGCGCGGGGCGGCUCCACCUGCUGGGCACGGCGCGGCGGCCGCUAUCCGCCGGCGGGAGACCACGAUGGCCCCCGUGAGCUUUAGGAGCCCUCUGCUGUUGUGCCUGGUGGCCGCAUGGCUCGGCCCUGUCCCGGCCGAGGAGCCCGCGGCGGAGAGCCCGCCCUCACACGGCCGCCUCGAUAAGAACUUGGUGCAGGAUAAAGAGUAGGUGCUCUGCGAGUGGAAACUGCUCCGUGCUUUGCGUGUCUCUGGGUUACGUGAGCUGGGUCGGAGCCCGGGGCACCCUCUGUCCUCAGGGUGGUGUAUGAAUGGGUGGAGUCGGAGAUGAGGCGUUCGCUCACCACAUCAUGGAACACUUGGAAGGAGUUAUUGAAAAACCUGAGUCUGAGAUGUCUCCACAAGAGCUGCAGCUUCAUUAUUUCAAAAUGCAUGAUUACGAUGGCAAUAAUUUGCUAGAUGGGUUAGAGCUUGCUACUGCUAUAUCCCAUGUCCACAAAGAGGAAGGUGGUGAGAAUACCCAGGCAAUGAAAGAAGAGGAGCUAAUUAGUCUAAUAGAUGACGUCUUAAGAGAUGAUGAUAAGAACAAUGAUGGAUACAUUGACUAUGCAGAAUUUGCAAAAUCACUGGAAUAAGGUUUUGAAGGGGGCUUGUUUCUCCGUCUAACUGAAUGGAAAUGUGACCCAGUAUAAUGUGAUUUAUUAAUCAUGUCAACCUUUGUGCUGAGGUAUUAGUGAGCUGAGGUGUACUGGUCCCAGUUGAAUUUGUUUGCAAAUUGUAUGUGCUAAGAGGCUGGCUAUCUCAGAGUGAUAGCCAUGUUUGACUAAAUGUCGGUACGUAUUUGAAUCUCCAGUCACGGAAGCAUCAAAAUAUUUCCAUAGGCUACAGCUGGCAAACUCUUAAGCUACAUGUGAAUACUUAAUACAAUCAAAUACAAUCUAAAAAUUCCUUUUUUUUUUUUCAUUGAGUUAUAUAAAACUUGUUUGCUUACAUCUUCUAGUUUAACUUAAGACAUACCUAGAAAGAAAGAAAAGAUGAUGACUGCAUAAAGUUGUAUAUCAAGAAGAAAUUUCCUUCUCACUGAUUUUGAAGGAAAUUUUCAUACAGGUAUGGUGCUUGAAACAGCAAUUGCAGAAGAAAAGUGUUUGAAGGUGGUUUGUGUUUGAGGUCCCUGUGAUACCAUAUGGACUUUAACAUUAUCUUCAAAGAAAUUGAGUGUUUUUAAAUAUAUGUACUUGCUAGCAUACCCUUACACAUUAUAUAUAAAUAUACCUUAUUUUCAAUUGCUUCUCAUUCUUCACAAAUUUACUUUUUAUUUUUAAAUUUUUGCCUACCUUCCAUGGUCUUUUCUUAAGAAAAUGAAAGUAUUUUUAAUUCAUAUACCAAGUUGUAUUAAUGCUGCAUAACAUUUACUAGACUACCUUCUGCUAUGUCAUUUCUAAGGUCACGUUAACUGUAAACCAGUUCAAUAUUGAACUUCCUUUUCAAUUUGGUUCUCAAAGUAUUAGCCAGCAGGAUAAUCUGUGAGCAAGUAAUGCUGCCUUGUUGAGGUUUCAUUUCAUAUUUCUUGACACAUAAGUUACAGUGUUACUUUCAGGAGGUAUUUAAUCACUGUUUCAAGAUACUUGAAUGUUUGUAAACAAACAUGGUUCUAGGAAUGUUUUCACUGUCCUCAAUACUUGCUAGGUCAAGCAGCUUAAGGAUAUUAGACAAUGAUGUACUGCUGCUUUAUUGACAUUUGGUAACUAUAAAGCAUAGCUGGAAUCUUAAAUUGCAUUCAAACACUGUCCAUGAAUAGAGAAUCUAAAUGUUAGCGUUUCUGUAAGAUGCAUAAAGAGCUAUUUUCUGUACAAGAUUAUUCUUAUACAACAGAAACACAUUUGUAAAAGAAAUUAUUCCAUUUGUUUAAAUGUUUGUGCAAUGGA